GUAUAAAUACACUCGGUAUUAGUUUUAUAACUCUCUCUUUCUUUUUCUCUUAUAUAUACAUAUAAAAUGGACCAUCCUAGAAGCUGUAUGUCUAUUCAUGCUAUUGUUGACCAUGAAGCCCCAUUAUCACCACCUGAUUCCUUUAAGAGUCGAUCACCUACUCUCUCACCUCAAAUGGAAUAUAUGCCAUGUCCUGAAGAAAGAAGACGUAAUAGUCUGCAAUUACCAAUGUCAAUAGAAGAACGACGGUACAGAAACAAACUUGCUUCUGCUAAAUAUCGAGCAAAAAAGCAAGCAAGUAUGAAAUCAAUGACAGCUAAAGUAUCACAAUUAAUGGCAUCGAAUUCAAGUCUUCAACGAGAAUUAUCAAAAGUAAAGCAAGAAAAUGAAGUAUUGCGUGCCAUGUUAUUGAAUCAACAACAACAGCAAUUGCCUUCUUAUUCUGUGCCAUCCCCACCUCAUGUUCCACCUGCAUCUUUUUACUAAGCAUUUUCUCUCUCUUUUUUUUAAUUUGUAAAUUUUUUUCUUUUUUUGUAUACCUUUCUUUGUUUUGUUUUUUUUCUUUCUUUCUUUUCUUUC